AUGGACGCUAGCAAGAAGGCUGAAGAUAGAAAUAGUAAAAAAUUUGAUCUUUUGGAUCUUUCAGAAUACGACUACAUCUACAAAUCAGAGCCUGCAUUUGAGCCUGACUUUAAUUUUUCAAUGACAAGCGAGGCCAAGUUCCCAGGCAUGCCCUCCACCACAUCUGCAAACAGAUACUUCCUGGACGAGCAGUUUUCAGCAUAUGCGCAGCAGCAGCCCUCCGUGCAGCCAGACGUGCACCGGGUGAAGGAGAAGACAAUUAACUACUUUAGCGCAAAUGUUCCAAGACACAAUCGCGAGGAAAGCUAUCUCUCCUUCAGCGGUGCAGGCGAUGCAAGGCACUCCCACAGAAAUGAGUAUGACUACUAUGGGCAGGGAAGCGAGCAUGCUGUAUUUGUAAAUGCCAACCAGUAUCAGUACAUCAAAAGAAGAAAGGAGAGGCGCGACUAUCUGGAUACGCUUGAGAAGAAAACAAACGCAGCAUAUCAGCACGAGAGCAGGCACAAACAUGCUAUGAAAAGGCCGCGCGCCCCAUCAGGCAGGUUCCUUACAAAAGAGGAGGCUUUCCUGGAGGAUCCUUUACGCAAAGAAUAA